AUGGGGAAGAUCGUCUUCUAUGAGGACAGAAACUUCCAGGGCCGCUCAUAUGAGUGCAGCUCAGAUUGCUCUGAACUGAACUCCUACUUCAGCCGUUGUAACUCCAUCCGAGUGGAGAAUGGACACUGGAUGCUGUAUGAGCACCCUAACUACAGGGGUAACCAGUACUACCUGAAAAGGGGAGAGUACCCAGACUUCUCUCACUGGACAAGUAACAACGACUCUAUUAGAUCCUGUCGCAUUAUUCCACAACACCGUGGAACUUUUAGGAUUAAGAUCUACGAGAAGGAAGAAUUCAAUGGUGUCAUGCAGGAGUUUACUGAAGAUUGUCCUCAUGUACAUGAAGAGUUCAGGUAUCAUGAUAUACAGUCCUGCAAUGUCCUGGAAGGACACUGGAUUUUCUAUGAAGAACUCAACUACAGGGGGCGCCAGUACUACCUGAGACCUGGAGAGUACAGGAGAUACUCUGAGUGGGGGGCCUCAAACUCAAGAGUUGGCUCUCUCAGACGUGUCCAAGAAUUCUAUUAA